GUUUAGCCCAGUCAGGUGCCUGGGGUUGCUUUGAUGAAUUUAACCGCAUUGAACUUCCAGUUUUAUCAGUAGCUGCUCAGCAGAUAUAUAUUGUACUUCAGUGUAAGAAAAAUAAGAAACCUCAGUUCGUUUUCACUGAUGGUGAUGUUGUUGACAUGGACAGAGAAUUUGGUAUAUUUCUGACUAUGAAUCCUGGCUAUGCAGGACGACAGGAACUUCCAGAAAAUCUGAAGAUUCAGUUUCGCACAGUUGCUAUGAUGGUGCCUGACCGUAGCAUUAUUAUGCGAGUCAAGCUGGCAAGUGCUGGUUUCCGAGACAACCAAGUCCUUAGUCGAAAAUUCUAUACACUCUAUAAACUCUGUGAAGAGCAGUUAUCUAAACAGGUUCACUAUGACUUCGGGCUUAGAAAUAUCCUGUCUGUUUUAAGAACACUUGGAGCAGUGAAAAGAUCUAAUCCCAAAGAGCCAGAGAAAACCAUAGUGAUGAGAGUUCUGCGGGACAUGAACCUCUCCAAACUGGUGGAUGAAGAUGAACCUUUAUUUAUGAGUCUCAUUAAUGACCUAUUCCCUGGAAUUACUCUGGAUAAAGCUGGGUAUCCUGAGCUACAGUCAGCCAUUCAGAAACAGGCAGAGAAAGCAGGGCUUAUUCAUCACCCACCAUGGAUACUUAAACUCAUUCAGCUGUAUGAAACUCAACGAGUCCGACAUGGUAUGAUGACUCUAGGUCCAACUGGUGCAGGAAAGACAAAAUGCAUUAAUAUUUUGAUGAAAGCAAUGACAGAUUGUGGUGCUCCUCAUAAAGAGAUGAGAAUGAACCCAAAGGCAAUCACAGCUUCCCAGAUGUUUGGUACCCUUGAUGUUGCUACAAAUGACUGGACAGAUGGGAUUUUCUCUACAUUAUGGAGAAAAACUUUAAAAGCAAAGAAGGGUGAGCAUAUCUGGAUAGUUUUGGAUGGACCUGUUGAUGCAAUAUGGAUUGAAAAUCUGAACUCUGUUCUGGACGAUAAUAAGACCCUUACUUUGGCCAAUGGAGAUCGUAUUCCGAUGUCCCCCAAUUGCAAAAUUAUUUUUGAACCUCACAACAUUGACAAUGCUUCCCCUGCAACAGUUUCUCGUAAUGGGAUGGUCUUCAUGAGCUCUUCAGUGUUAGACUGGAAGCCUAUUUUAAGAGCUUGGCUGCAAACGCUACCUGUUACAUACUCUGAAGUCCUAUGGAAUUGCUUUAACGCUGUAUUUCAGGAUGUGAUAGAUUUUGUUUUCUCUGCUGUGACACCAAAAAUGCCAAUUUUAGAAUGUAUGUACAUCAAACAAGCUAUUGACCUCCUACAGGGUUUAUUGUCCGACCGAUAUGAGAAGCAGCUCAGCGAGGAACAUAUUGCGCGCUUGUUUGUUUUUGCUGUAAUGUGGUCAGCCGGAGCUCUUUUGGAACCGGAUGACAGGCUGAAAAUGGAGCUGUUCCUACGGAAGCACUCCGCAGUGAAAGAACUUCCAGCUGUGAACGGAGAAGAAACCAUGUUUGAAUUUGGUAUCAAUGCCAGUGGCCAGUGGGAGCACUGGUCAAAGAAGGUCCCUGAAUAUACUUACCCUAAAGAUUCAGUACCAGAAUAUACUUCCAUUCUAGUUCCAAAUGUAGACAGUGUCCGAACAGGCUUUCUAAUGCACACUAUCAUGAGGCAAGGAAAAGCAGUUCUGCUAACUGGGGAACAAGGAACAGCAAAAACAGUUAUGAUUAAGGAUUACACAAGCAAGUAUGAUCCUGAUGUUCACUUGACCAAAUGCCUAAACUUUUCUUCUGCAACUCUGCCAAAUAUGUUCCAGAGGAGCAUAGAAAGUUACAUAGAUAAAAGAAUGGGCACCACAUAUGGUCCUCCGGCAGGGAAGAAAAUGACUGUCUUUAUUGAUGACAUCAACAUGCCUGUGAUUAAUGAAUGGGGUGAUCAGAUCACCAAUGAGAUUGUAAGACAGCUGAUGGAACAGAAAGGUUUCUACAAUUUGGAGAAGCCAGGAGAAUUCACAAAUGUGGUUGACAUCCAGUUUGUAGCUGCUAUGAUUCACCCUGGGGGAGGUCGGAAUGACAUCCCACAGCGCCUGAAACGCCAGUUCACCAUCUACAACUGCACACUGCCUUCCAGUUCCUCUAUUGACAAAAUAUUUCAAACAAUAGCUGAAGGCUAUUUCUGUGAACAACGAGGUUUCCCUGCAGAAAUAUGUAAACUGGCUUCAGCAUUAGUAUCUACAACUCGAAAGGUUUGGCAGACAACAAAAGCGAAGAUGUUACCAACUCCAGCUAAAUUUCAUUACAUCUUUAAUUUACGAGACCUCAGUCGUAUUUGGCAAGGAAUACUUACAGUUACUUCUGAAGUCUGCCAGAGCAUCAGUAUUUUGGUAGCCUUGUUUCAGCAUGAAUGCAGACGUGUUAUAGCAGACAGGUUCAUCAGCCAGAGUGAUAAAGACUGGUUUGAAGAUACGAUGAAAAAGAUUGCUUCUGCAGAACAUAGUCAAAAUCUAUUUGAAGAUAAAUCCACAGAAUUAUACUUUGUGGAUUUCUUGCGUGAUGUCCCAGAAGCUACUGGAGAUGAACCUGAUGACGCAGAGUUGAAGGCUCCUAAAAUUUACGAGCCUAUCCCAUCUUUGGAUUAUUUGGCUGAAAGAUUACAGAUGUUCAUGCAACAGUACAAUGAAACCAUCAGAGGAUCAAAGAUGGAUUUAGUGUUUUUCAAGGAUGCAAUCAUCCAUUUGAUUAAAAUAUCACGGAUUAUUCGUACUCCACAAGGAAAUGCAUUGUUGGUGGGUGUGGGUGGAUCUGGAAAACAGAGUCUGACCAGACUAGCAUCAUAUAUUGCUGGAUAUGAGAGCUUUCAGAUUACUUUAACAAGAACAUAUGCCACCAAUAACCUUUUGGAUGAUCUGAAAAUUUUGUACCGCACUGCUGGGCAAAAAGGAAAGGGCAUUGUCUUUGUAUUCACAGACAAUGAAAUCAGAGAUGAAUCAUUUCUUGAGUACAUGAACAAUGUUCUGGCUUCAGGUGAAGUCUCAAAUCUUUUUGCACGAGAUGAAAUAGGUGAAAUCACACAAGACCUGAUACCGGCAAUGAAGAAGGAGUAUCCAAGGCGUACUCCCACUGGUGAAAAUCUUUAUAAUUACUUUCUUGCUCGAGUUCGUAAUAAUCUGCAUGUCGUCCUUUGUUUUUCUCCGGUUGGGGAAAAAUUCAGAACUCGUGCACUCAAAUUUCCAGGUCUGAUUUCAGGCUGUACCAUGGACUGGUUCCAGCGCUGGCCUAAAGAUGCUCUUGUAGCAGUUGCACAGCAUUUUUUAGCUUCCUACCAUAUUGAGUGCACAGAUGAAGUGAAACAGAGUGUUGUUAACACCAUGGGAACAUUUCAAGAUAUUGUAGCUGAAAAAUGUGUUGAAUACUUUGAACGAUAUAGGCGACGAACAUUUGUGACUCCAAAAUCUUACCUGUCCUUCAUUGGAGGCUACAAAGCUAUUUACAAAGAGAAGUUUGCCAAUGUUGGAAGUUUAUCUGAACGCAUGAGAACAGGUCUUGCAAAACUGAUGGAAGCUGAGGUUUCAGUAAAUCAGCUCUCCAAAGAGUUGGUGGUGAAGGAGAAAGAUUUGGCUGCAGCUUCAAAAAAAGCUGAUGAAGUUUUAUUGGAAGUAACUAUGAAAGCCCAAGCUGCCGAAAAGGUGAAAAUGCAGGUGCAGAAGGUAAAAGACAAGGCUCAGGCCAUUGUGGAUGACAUUGCCAUUGAUAAAGCAGCAGCAGAAGAGAAGCUUGAAGCUGCAAGACCUGCAUUGGAAGAAGCCGAGGCAGCCCUGCAGACAAUAAAACCUUCUGACAUAGCAACUGUUCGCAAACUGGGUAAACCUCCUCACUUGAUAAUGCGAAUUAUGGAUUGUGUGCUACUUUUAUUCCAAAGAAAAAUAGACUCAGUAACACCUGAUCAAGAACGCCCAUGUGUGAAGCCAUCGUGGACUGAGGCUUUGAAGCUAAUGAAUAAUUCAGGAUUUCUUAGCAUGUUGCUUACUUUCCAGAAGGACUCAAUUACAGGAGAAACUGUGGAGCUUUUAGAGCCUUAUUUGGAUAUGGAGGAUUAUAAUCUUGAGACUGCUAAAAAAGUGUGUGGAAAUGUCGCAGGUCUUUGCUCAUGGACACAAGCAAUGGCUUACUUCUACAGUAUUAAUAAAGAAGUUCUUCCUCUUAAGGCAAAUUUAGCCUUGCAAGAGGGAAGACUUGCAGCUGCCCAAACAGAACUGAAUAAUGCACAAAUUCAGCUGGAUGAGAAGCAAAUGGAACUGGAUCAAGUACAAGCCAUGUAUGAUACUGCUAUGAAAGAGAAGCAGGCCUUACUUGAUGAUGCUGAGGCAUGCAGAAGGAAGAUGAACAAUGCCACAGCUUUGAUUGAAGGAUUACGUGGAGAAAAGCUUCGUUGGACAGCAAGCAGCAAAAACUUUCAAAAUCAAAUUAUUCAUUUAGUGGGGAAUGUUCUUCUGGCCACUGGAUUUCUCUCUUACUCUGGACCUUUCAAUCAAGAGUACAGGAAUUUGCUGCUUCAAUUGUGGAAGAAAGAGAUGGACAACAGCAAGAUUCCAUACAGUAAUGACCUGAACCUUACUGGUAUGCUUGUUGACAAUGCUACAGUGGGUGAAUGGAAUCUCCAGGGUCUUCCGAACGAUGACCUUUCAAUUCAGAAUGGCAUCAUUGUCACAAAAGCAUCUAGAUAUCCUUUGCUGAUUGAUCCGCAAGGUCAAGGAAAGAUCUGGAUUAAAAAUAAGGAAAAGAAUAAUGGACUCCAGGUUACAGCUAUGAACCACAAGUUCUUCAGAAGUCAUAUAGAAGACUGCCUGUCCCUUGGCCGACCUUUGUUAAUUGAAGAUGUUGGAGAGGAACUUGAUCCUGCUUUAGAUAACAUCUUGGAAAAAAAUUUCAUAAAAUCUGGUUCAGCACACAAAGUGAAAGUAGGUGACAAGGAGGUAGAUCUGAUGAAGGGGUUUAGCCUUUAUAUGACAACAAAAUUGGCUAAUCCUGCCUAUACUCCAGAAAUCAGUGCAAGAACAACUGUGAUUGACUUUACUGUUACUAUGAAAGGGCUGGAAGAUCAGCUCCUUGGCCGUGUCAUCCUCACAGAGAAACAGGAACUGGAGGCAGAAAGAGUCAAACUGAUGGAAGAAGUGACAUCUAACAAGAGGAAAAUGCAGGAGCUUGAAGAUAAUCUACUCUUCCGUCUAACUAGUACGGAGGGCUCUUUGGUUGAAGAUGAGUCUCUGAUAGAAGUCCUGAGAAUCACUAAAACAACAGCAGAAGAGGUCAGUGAAAAAUUAAACAUAGCAGCGGAGACAGAGGUGAAAAUCAAUACUGCACGUGAAGAGUAUCGGCCUGUUGCUGGUCGUGGUAGCAUCCUUUAUUUCCUAAUUGUGGAAAUGAGCUUAGUUAAUGUCAUGUACCAAACAUCCUUACGGCAGUUCCUUGGCAUUUUUGACCUAUCAGUGGAAAGAUCUCGGAAAUCUCAGAUCACAGCAAAAAGGAUAGCAUAUGUAAUCGAGCAUCUCACCUAUGAAGUCUUCAAGUACACAGUUCGAGGGCUGUAUGAAAAUCACAGAUUCCUGUUUACAUUGCUUCUGGCACUGAAGAUUGACUUGCAGGCCAAGAAGAUUUCACACACAGAGUUUGAGACACUGGUCAAAGGAGGUGCCAGUUUGGAUCUGAAUUCUGUGGAACCAAAACCAAAAAAGUGGAUCCUUGACAUGACAUGGCUCAAUCUUGUGCAGUUAUCUAGCUUGUACCCUUUUAAUCAACUUCUGAUGCAAGUUGUUAGGAAUGAGAAGUCUUGGAAAGCUUGGUUUGAUGAAGAAGCACCUGAAAAAGCUGUUAUUCCUGAUGGGUAUGACAGCUUACUGGAUCAAUUCCGUAAACUGCUCCUUGUCCGUAGCUGGUGCCCUGAUCAUACCGUUGCCCAAGCUCGACACUACAUUGCAGAAUCUCUUGGAGGGAAAUACGCAGAAGGAUUUAUUCUUGAAAUGGAAGCAAUGUGGACAGAAAGCGACUGUCGAACACCUUUAACAUGCUUUUUAUCAAUGGGGUCUGACCCCACUGAAAAUAUAGAACGUCUUGCAAAAUCAAAGAACAUUCCCUGUCGUGCCAUUUCAAUGGGUCAGGGCCAGGAAGUCCAUGCAAGGCGCCUGUUAAAUCAGUGCAUGCAAGAUGGAGGAUGGCUCCUUCUGCAGAACUGCCACCUUGGCUUGGAGUUUCUUAGUGAAUUAAUGGACACCAUCACAACAACAGAAUCUAUGAGUGAAGGUUUCAGGACCUGGAUCACUACAGAGGCUCACCCAGAGUUUCCUAUUAAUCUUUUACAGUCCUCUAUCAAAUUUACUAAUGAACCCCCUCAAGGUGUGAAAGCUGGCUUAAAACGAACAUACUCAGCUGUUACUCAGGAUCACCUAGAAGUGAGCAACAUGCCACAGUGGAAACCACUGCUAUAUGCUGUAGCAUUUCUUCACACAACUGUUCAGGAAAGACGAAAGUUUGGUUCAUUGGGCUGGAAUAUUCCUUAUGAAUUUAAUCAGGCAGACUUUGCAGCCAGCGUGCAAUUUGUUCAGAAUCAUUUGGAUGAUAUGGACAUUAAACAUGGAGUGAACUGGAGCUGUGUUCGCUAUAUGCUUGGAGAAGUACAGUAUGGUGGCCGUGUAACUGAUGACCUUGACAAAGCACUGCUGAAUACAUAUGCAAGAGUGUGGUUUGGAGAGCAUAUGUUUAGUGAACAAUUUUGUUUCUACAAAGAUUAUAUUAUUCCAAAAGGGAAAACAGUUGAAGACUAUCUCCACUACAUAGAGCAAUUGCCAGUGAUUGAUACACCUGAGGUAUUUGGACUUCACCCUAAUGCAGAUAUAACUUACCAGACUAACCUGGCUAAUGAGACAUUAAGUACAAUAGUGAGCAUCCAGCCCAAAGACAGCAGCACUGGAGGAGGAGAAACCCGAGAAGCAGUGGUGCAGCGUCUUGCUGAUGAGAUGCUAGAGAAGUUACCUGCAGAUUAUAACCCUCAUGAGGUAUAUGCUGCUUUAUAGAUACAGAUGGUUUAU